GUAGCACGCAACUAGUCCGUCAGCUCGAGUCGUCUGUCAGAGGAGUCCAGUAGCUAUCACUACCGACUUCAAGGUGUUCCUUAACGGCUGUUUGUUUAGUUGCUCCGCCAGUUUAAUGAGAACUGUGUCGUUGUUCAAGGACUUCGUAGAAAGAAAGUCGGAGAUCAUAACAAGCUACAAAGGGGACACGUGCACUACACGGAUCAGUCUUUGUUGAUUAGCUUCGGGGAGCUAACUAUGCUAAUGGAGUUCCUUCCUGUGCUUCUUUGGAGUUUCAUCUGCUCGAUUGGAGACAGGGACAGCUCACCGGAGAACACAGUCAAUCAGAAUAUAAGGUUAUACACAUGCAAAUAACACUGAAAGAAGAUAAUUAACCUCCGUUGAAUCCAUCUGUCAAGAUAAGUAGCUAGCUAUCUUAGUACCCAGCUACCUGGUUGAUUACCUUGGAUAAUCACCUGAUAAUACCUGGAGCAUUAGCUAACUAAUUGUAUUGCUGUUAAGCCGACUGCUGCCAGUACCAUAAAGUUUGGAAAACUUGAUCUCCUGAACUGCCAACUGUCAACUACACUGCUGGUGGACCAUGAGGCUACCCCGAGUUCAGAAAUAUAUUAUUUGGACUACCGCUAUUUGAUUUUAUGUGGGCGUGCUUUGCGCUCAAUAAAACAGCACUUGUGUGCGAGUGUACCAGGUAAAUGAGGGCGUUUUGCUGGACACUUGGCGGUCCCAACAUGGUCUUACCAAUGCGGGUCUUGCUGCUCACAACUUUUUGUCACUGGGCCAAUGGCCAAGACAGCCAGGGCAUGACUCGUGAGGAGAAGGCCACAAUCAGGGACCAGGUUGUUGAGAUGUUUGAUCAUGCCUACGGCAGCUAUAUGAUAAUUUCCCUAAUGAGGGUAGGCUAGCCUAGCCCCUCGUGACUCGGUACCCUGACGUACUGUGGCCUGAUUCUGCCACAGAAAUAUGCGUACCCAGCCGACGAGCUGAUGCCGCUGAGCUGCAGGGGGAGGGUACGGGGCCUGGAGCCCAACCGAGGAGACAUCGACGACUCCCUGGGAAAGUUCUCUCUCACGCUGAUCGACACCCUCGACACCCUGGUGGUCCUGAACAAGCUGGAUGAGUUUGAGGACGCCGUGAGGAAGACCGUGAGCGACGUGAAGCUGGAUAACGAUGUGGUGGUGUCCGUGUUCGAGACCAACAUCCGUGUGCUGGGCGGCCUGUUGGGGGGGCACGUGAUGGCAGACAUGCUGAAGCAGCGCGGGGACAGGAUGCAGUGGUACGCGGGCGAGCUGCUCGACAUGGCCAAGGAGCUGGGACACCGACUGCUGCCUGCCUUCAACACCACCAGCGGCCUUCCUUACCCCAGGGUGAAUCUGAGGUACGGGGUGCUCAAUCCCCUGUCCCGUACGGGCACCGAGUCGGAUACUUGUACGGCCUGCGCUGGGACCAUGAUUCUAGAGUUCGCAGCCCUGAGCAGGCUGUCGGGGGAGGCCGUGUUCGAGGAGCACGCCAGGAAAGCCCUGGACGUCCUGUGGGAGAAGAGACAGAGAGGAAGUGACCUCGUGGGGACCGUCAUCAACAUCCACAACGGAGACUGGGUCCGCAGGGACAGCGGAGUAGGUGCUGGGAUCGACUCCUACUACGAGUACCUGAUGAAGGCUUACAUCCUGCUGGGAGACAACGUGUACCUAGAGAGGUUCAACACUCACUACAGCGCCAUCAUGAAGUACAUCAGCCAGCCACCUCUGCUGCUCAACGUGCACAUGCACAACCCCACAGUGAGCGUGCGCAGCUGGAUGGACUCUCUGCUGGCCUUCUUCCCCGGGCUCCAGGUCCUCAGGGGCGAUCUGAAGCCAGCCAUAGAGACCCAUGAAAUGCUCUACCAGGUCACCAAACAACACAAGUUCCUUCCUGAGGCCUUCACCACAGAGUUCAGAGUGCACUGGGGUCAACAUCCCCUGAGGCCGGAGUUUGCAGAAAGCACUUACUACCUCUACAAGGCCACGGGAGACCCCUACUACCUCAGAGUGGGCCAGUCCAUUGUGGAGAAGCUCAACGCCCACGCCAGGGUGCCUUGUGGGUUUGCCGCAGUGCACGAUGUCCGCACAGGGACACACGAGGACAGAAUGGACUCGUUCUUCCUGGCGGAGAUGUUUAAGUACCUGUACCUGCUGUUCUCUGAGAAGAGCCAGCUACCCUUCGACAUGGACGACUACAUCUUCACCACCGAAGCUCACCUGCUGCCCGUGGCCCUGUCCACGUCCCGGCCCCCCUGCCACGGCAACAGCACGGAGGCGCCCCCUAGUGUGCAGGAGGAGGACCCCUUCACCUACUCCUGCCCCAGCACCCAGACCCUUUUCCCCGACAACCCCUCCUUCGCCAAGACCAUCAGGGACGGAUACAAGUACCUCACGGGGGUCGGCCGGGCCUUCCAAUCCUCGCCUGUCAGCAGGGGGAUCGAACUGCCUCUCCAUGACAACGGGAUGGAACCAGUGGAGUUCCUGAAGAGCAUGGGCAUCUCCCUCACCCCUCUGAAUGAGGGGGCUACCGUGGCAACCAGGGCACAGGGGGAACAUAAAGGGGUCUUCCGGGUGAAGCUGGUGGCCGAGGUGACCCAGAGCCCCGAGGAGGAGGAAGUGCUGCCCCUCAUCGUGCAGCUCAUAUCCCCCCCGUUCCUGGGCCGAACGGUCCUGACCGCCGGGCCGGCCAAGUUCGGAAUGGACCUGACCAAGCAGGAGCAUGGGGUGAAGGGCAGCAUUGUCAGGGCGUCCCCCUACACGGCGUGUGGGCCCGUGGAGAACGGGGAGCAGCUGAGCGGACACAUCGCCCUGGCCCUGCGCGGGGACUGCAUGUUCGCCGCCAAGGCACGCAGACUGCAGGAGGCGGGGGCCAUUGGGGUCAUCUUCAUCGACCACCGCGAGGGCAGCAACAGCGAGGACUCGCCCCUCUUCCAGAUGGUCGGCGAUGGCGACUCCACCUCGGACAUUGGCGUGCCCCUCCUCUUCCUGUUCAGCCGCGAGGGGGCGGUGCUGACCUCCGCCCUGGAGGAGCACCACAACGUGGACGUGCUCCUGCUGCCCAAGGAGAGGCAGCUGGGCCACGUCAAGCAGGAGAAGCCCCUGGGGAUGAACAUCAAGUUCCGCCUGGCAGAGGAGGGGGAGCUGGAGGAGGGCGCGGCGCGAGGCCACACCCUGCAGUUCCUCCUGGAGAAGGGGGAGGUGCUGCUGGAGGAGGAGGAGGAGGAGGAUGAGGAGGGGGGUAAGGAGGACUCUGGGCGGGGGGAAACCAAGCCCUGCACGCCACCGGGAGGCGGGAGCGUCUCCCCCUGCGUCGAGACACCGGGCCACGCCCCGCCCCCGGCACACAGCCCCAGCCGGACGGAAGCGGGCCCCUGAUCGGAUUCAAUGAGACCAGCCUGGUUCCUGUAACCUCCCUACGGACCACAGGGCGGAUGCCUCCCCCCCCCCCCCGUACUGACCUCUGAUCUGCGUCCAGAUAACGUCCUCUAGGGCUGGGCCAGAGAGGCUAACUGGGCCCUUGGGUCUAGUCUGAGAGUCUGCUUUACUCUCCAGAGGGAAGCCUAUUAAUGUGACACACACGUACAUACAUACAUGCGUACAUAUAUAUAUAUAUAUAUAUAUACCCCCCCACUCACACACACACACACUUUAAACCUUAAGGAUGACCUCUAUGGUGACUAGAUACUAGGACUGUGUGUUUUUGGGAUUGGUGUUUGUGGCCAGAUGUAGCACAGCUAACCGUAACCUGGACUCAUGGCUGGGUCACCCAGCUACGGUAGCAUAGCCACGCCCCCAACCAAACCACAUGGUGGCCACAUCUGGCCCCACGACGGCCAAGUUAAUGAAUGAUGACAUGCGCAGCCGUUUAAACAGGGUGAGGGGAAAGGCGCCUCAUGAGGCUGUCAUAGUUACGGCUUCUGUUCUUUUAGACACUGUUGUGUCCGACCAGUCUCGAAUGAUGUCCCGUGAGGGUGAAUCAAGGCAGUUUCUUUACACACGCACACCUCCAAAACCAGGAAGCAUCCCGUCAGCCUAGUCCUCUGUCUGUUUACUUGACUCAAACCUAACUAGUACGAUUUAGAUGCGGAGAGAGACCCGACGGGAGGGUGUGGCCUGACUGCAGAAGGUGUGGCCUGACUGCAGAAGGUGUGGCCUGACUGCAGAAGGUGUGGCCUGACUGCAGAAGGUGUGGCCUGACUCUGCAGAAGGUGUGGCCUGACUCUGCAGAAGGUGUGGCCUGACUCUGCAGAAGGUGUGGCCUGACUCUGCAGAAGGUGUGGCCUGACUCUGCAGAAGGUGUGGCCUGACUCUGCAGAAGGUGUGGCCUAUGCCAGCGGGCACACAGGUCUGUUACUUUGUUCUGGGGGGGG